CUCUCUCUAAUUUUUUUUGAGUGAAAAAACAUAUCAUUACCCCUCUCUUUUUAUAUCCCUUUUUUUGUCAUUUCCUCGCUCCCUUUUCAUUUUUUUCAAAAUCGCCGGCGACCGGCGGAGAUUAAAAAUAAGCGUCGCAGAUUCUACACAUAACCGGCGAUAGAUAGAUACAGUAAAAUUGACGAGAUAAAACAAUGUCGGAGGAGGAAAAGUUACUGAAAGAGGCGAAAAAGUUACCGUGGGAAGAUCGGUUAUUACAUAAGAAUUGGAAAGUUAGAAAUGAGGCUAAUAUUGAUUUGGCUUCAUUUUGCGAUUCUAUAACCGAUCCUAAAGAUCCUCGCCUGCGUGAAUUCGGUCCGUUGUUUAGAAAAACAGUUGCGGAUUCAAAUGCGCCUGUUCAAGACAAGGCGCUUGAUGCUUUGAUUGCUUUUCAAAAAGCUGCUGAUGCUGAUGCUGGAAGGUAUGCUAAGGAGGUCUGUGACGCAAUUGUGGCGAAAUGCCUCACUGGUCGACCUAAGACAGUGGAGAAAGCACAGGCAGCAUUCAUGCUUUGGGUGGAGCUUGAGGCUGUUGAUGUUUUUCUGGAUACAAUGGAGAAAGCAAUUAAGAACAAAGUUGCCAAAGCUGUGGUGCCUGCCAUUGAUGUCAUGUUUCAAGCUCUGAGUGAAUUUGGAGCAAAAAUUGUUCCCCCGAAGAGGAUUUUAAAGAUGCUUCCAGAAUUAUUUGACCAUCAGGAUCAAAAUGUUCGCGCAUCCUCCAAAGGGCUAACUCUGGAGCUCUGCCGAUGGAUAGGGAAAGACCCAGUAAAAUCUAUUCUAUUUGAGAAGAUGAGGGAUACGAUGAAAAAAGAAUUGGAGGCUGAGCUUGUUACUGUUACGGGGACAGCAAGGCCAUCUCGCAAAAUUAGAUCUGAGCAAGACAAGGAGCCAGAGCCAGAAGCUGUAUCAGAAGCUGCUGGCCCGUGCGAGUCGGAUGAAAUUGCAGGUGAUGCUCCUCAAGAAAUAGAUGAGUAUGAGCUUGUUGAUCCUGUAGACAUCUUGACUCCUUUGGAGAAGUCUGGGUUUUGGGAUGGAGUGAAAGCGACCAAGUGGUCAGAAAGAAAGGAGGCCGUUGCAGAGCUUACCAAGCUUGCUUCGACAAAAAGGAUAGCACCUGGGGAUUUCUCAGAAGUUUGUCGGACACUAAAGAAGCUCAUUACAGAUGUGAACAUUGCUGUUGCAGUUGAAGCCAUCCAAGCUAUAGGCAAUCUUGCACGAGGUUUAAGAACUCAUUUUUCCGCGAGUUCUCGUUUCUUAUUGCCCAUUUUGCUUGAAAAAUUGAAAGAGAAAAAACCAACUCUUACUGAGUCACUUGGACAAACUCUUCAAGCACUGCAUAAGUCUGGGUGCUUAAAUCUUGUUGACAUUGUUGAAGAUGUGAAGACGGCUGCCAAAAAUAAAGUUCCUCUUGUUCGCUCGUUGAGCUUGAACUGGAUAACAUUUUGUAUUGAAACAAGUAACAAAGCUGUUAUUCUAAAAGUGCACAAAGAUUAUGUCCCUAUCUGUAUGGAGAGCCUUAAUGAUGGGACUCCUGAUGUGAGGGAUUCGGCAUUUGCUGUUCUGGCAGCAAUUGCUAAGUCUGUUGGCAUGAGACCUUUGGAGAGAUCAAUAGAGAAACUUGAUGAUGUCAGAAGAAAGAAGCUGUCUGAAAUGAUUGGAGGUUCAGGAGGAAGUGUGACUGGUGGAACAAGCUCAGCUACAGUUCAAGCUGUUAGUGGGAGCGUGUCUUCAACAGAGACAUCAGAAGCCUCAUUCAUUAGAAGGUCAGCAGCAAGCAUGCUUUCUGGGAAGAAGCCUGUUCCAGCUGCUCCUGCUAAUAAAAAGGUAGGGUCUACUAAAUCGGGGGCUAGCAAGAAAGGAGAUGGGACUGGGAGGACUGAAACCUCAAAAGCUAUUGAACCACCUGAAGAUGUUGAGCCAGCAGAAAUGAGUCUCGAAGAGAUUGAAAGUAGACUAGGAUCUCUUAUACAAGCAGAAACUGUUUCUCAAUUAAAGAGUACUGUUUGGAAAGAAAGGCUUGAAGCCAUAUCCUCAUUGAAACAGCAGGUUGAAGGGCUACAGGGCAUUGAUCAGUCUGUGGAGAUUUUAAUUCGUUUACUUUGUGCCAUACCUGGUUGGAGUGAGAAAAAUGUUCAGGUUCAGCAGCAGAUGAUUGAAGUUAUUACAUACCUAGCUUCAACUGCAACUAAAUUUCCAAAGAAAUGUAUCGUGCUUUGCCUUUUGGGUACUAGUGAACGGGUAGCAGACAUCAAAACUCGAGCUCAUGCCAUGAAGUGUCUUACUGCUUUCUGUGAAGCAGUAGGUCCAGGAUUUAUCUUUGAGAGACUUUACAAGAUUAUGAAAGAGCACAAGAAUCCUAAGGUCCUUAGUGAGGGAUUGUUGUGGAUGGUUUCAGCAGUUGAGGAUUUUGGCAUUUCACAUUUGAAGCUUAAGGAUUUGAUUGAUUUCUGUAAAGAUAUUGGAUUACAGUCAAGUGUGCCUGCUAGCAGAAAUGCCACCAUUAAGCUUCUGGGAGUUUUACAUAAAUAUGUUGGUCCAGAUAUUAAAGGGUUUCUAUCUGAUGUUAAACCUGCAUUACUUAGUGCACUUGAUGCUGAAUAUGAAAAAAAUGCUUUUGAGGGUGCUUCUGCUGCUCCUAAGAAAACAGUGAGGGCAUCAGAAUCAGCAACUUUGGUCUCUGCUGGCGGGUUGGACAGCCUGCCACGUGAAGACAUUAGUGGAAAAAUAACACCAACUCUGCUGAAGAGCAUGGAAAGUCCUGAUUGGAAGGUUCGUUUAGAGUCAAUUGAAGCUGUAAAUAAAAUCAUUGAAGAGGCUAGUAAACGCAUUCAGCCAACUGGAACUGGUGAAUUGAUUGGUGCUCUUAGAGGACGUCUGUAUGACAGCAAUAAGAAUUUAGUCAUGGCAACUCUGACCACCAUUGGUGGUGUUGCAUCGGCUAUGGGACCAGCUGUUGAGAAGUCGAGCAAGGGCAUUCUAUCAGAUAUUUUGAAGUGUAUUGGUGACAAUAAGAAACAUAUGCGAGAGUGUGCUUUGACUACUGUUGAUUCUUGGGUUGCUGCUGUUCAUCUAGAUAAAAUGAUCCCGUAUAUUGCAACAGCAUUGAUGGAUGCCAAGCUUGGUGCUGAAGGGCGUAAGGAUCUAUUUGAUUGGUUGUCAAAGCAACUCUCUGGAUUAAGUGAUUUUUCCGAUGCUGUGCAUCUGCUGAAACCAGCUGCCUCUGCUAUGACGGACAAGUCAUCCGAUGUUCGAAAAGCAGCAGAAGCAUGCAUCACUGAGAUCGUGAGGGUUUCUGGUCAAGAAACAGUUGAGAAGAAUCUAAGAGAUCUUCAGGGACCAGCCUUAGCUCUGGUUCUUGAGAAAGUGAAACCUCAUGGUGCUUUUCAAGAAUCAUUUGAAUCUGCAAAAUCAAUUUCUAUGGGGCCAUCAACCAAGACAAGCACAAAGGUUGGAAAAUCGGCUGCCAAUGGUGUCUCAAAAAAUAGAAUUAUGUCUUCAAGAGCCAUACCAGCGAAAGGUUCAAGACCAGAGCCCAUGAUGUCUGUUCAAGAUAGAGCUGUCCAAUCUCAAGCUUUGUUGAAUGUCAAAGACUCGAACAAGGAAGAGAGGGAGAGAAUGGUAGUCCGUAGGUUCAAGUUUGAAGAAUUGCGGAUUGAACAAAUUCAAGAUUUAGAGACUGAUAUGAUGAAAUAUUUUAGAGAGGAUUUACACAGGCGGCUCCUUAGUGCAGAUUUUAAGAAACAAGUUGAUGGGCUUGAGAUGCUACAGAAGGCACUUCCAUCCAUCGCAAGGGAACUGGUUGAGGUUUUGGAUAUCCUUCUGAGGUGGUUUGUUUUGCAGUUUUGUAAAUCAAACACAACUUGCUUGUUAAAGGUGCUAGAAUUCCUUCCUGAACUUUUUGACAUGCUGCGGGAUGAGGCGUACUUAUUGACUGAAUCAGAAGCGGCUAUAUUUCUUCCAUGUUUGAUAGAAAAGUUGGGACAUAAUAUUGAGAAAGUGCGAGAGAAAAUGCGUGAGCUUACUAAACAGAUUGUUCAUGCAUAUUCUGCUUCAAAAAUAUUUCCUUAUAUUUUGGAGGGCUUGCGCUCAAAAAACAAUCGCACACGAAUAGAGUGUGCUGAUCUUGUUGGAUUCUUGAUUGAACAUCACGUUGCCGAGAUUAGUGGGCAACUGAAAUCCCUUCAAAUUGUUGCGAGCUUGACAGCAGAACGUGAUGGUGAAACUAGGAAAGCUGCUUUAAAUGCACUUGCAGCUGGCUACAAGAUUCUUGGUGAUGACAUUUGGCGAUACACUGGAAAGCUUACAGAUGCUCAAAAAAGUAUGCUAGAUGAUAGAUUCAAAUGGAAGGUUCGAGAGAUGGAAAAGAGAAAGGAAGGUCGGCCUGGUGACUCCAGAGCUGCCUUAAGACGCUCUGUUAGGGAAAAUGGGUUUGAUUUGGCAGAACAAAGUGGGGAAGUUUCUCAAUCUGUAUCUGGCCCAGCAUUUUUGAGGAAAAAUGUUGGUCCACAUGAACUUCAGAUUGAAAGGCAGGUUAUGCCUCAUGCGGUUACUGGUGUCACUGGGCCCACAGAUUGGAAUGAAGCAAUAGAUAUUAUUUCCUUUGGGUCCCCAGAGCAGUCAGUUGAAGGUAUGAAAGUUGUGUGCCAUGAGUUGGCACAGGCCACUGGUGAUCCAGAAGGCAGUGCAAUGGAUGAUCUUGUGAAGGACGCUGAUCGACUUGUUUCAUGCUUGGCAAGCAAGGCAACCAAGACUUUUGACUUCAGUUUGACCGGAGCUUCAUCAAGGUCAUGCAAAUAUGUUCUUAACACUCUCAUGCAGACAUUUCAAAAUAAGAGACUUGCCCAUGCUGUCAAAGAAAGUACACUUGACAGUCUAAUAACAGAACUCUUACUUUGGCUAUUGGAUGAAAGGGUUCCUCAUAUGGAUGAUGGCAGCCAACUCCUGAAAGCAUUGAAUGUCCUGAUGCUUAAGAUUUUGGAUAAUGCUGAUCGGACAUCAUCCUUUGUUGUCUUGAUAAAUCUCUUACGUCCUUUGGAUCCCUCAAGAUGGCCUUCACCUGCGUCAAGUGAGACAUUUUCCAUUAGAAAUCAGAAGUUCUCUGAUCUUGUUGUCAAAUGCCUAAUAAAACUCACUAAGGUUCUUCAAAGCACUAUAUAUGAUGUUGAUCUUGAUCGCAUCCUCCAAAGCAUCCAUGUAUAUCUACAAGAACUGGGGAUGGAAGAAAUUAGGAGAAGAGCUGGAGCGGAUGACAAGCCAUUGCGCAUGGUGAAAACUGUUCUCCAUGAACUUGUUAAACUUCGUGGAGCUGCAAUAAAGGGCCACCUUUCUAUGGUUCCUAUAGACAUGAAGCCUCAACCAAUUAUACUUGCCUACAUUGAUCUUAAUCUUGAGACUUUAGCUGCUGCAAGAAUGUUGACAUCAACAGGGCCUGUGGGCCAAACUCAUUGGGGUGAUUCUACAGCCAACAAUCCAUCCUCUGCCCCACAUUCUGCAGAUGCGCAGUUAAAGCAAGAGCUUGCUGCAAUUUUCAAAAAAAUCGGUGACAAGCAAACAUGUACAAUUGGUCUAUAUGAACUAUAUCGCAUCACACAGCUAUACCCCAAGGUUGAUAUAUUUUCUCAGCUCCAAAACGCUAGUGAGGCAUUCCGCACAUAUAUUAGAGAUGGUUUGGCGCAGAUGGAGAAAAACGCUGCUGCAGGCAGGACACCUUCUAGUGUGCCCUUGUCAACUCCCCCACCAUCUGCUCUAAAUAUGUCCUCCCCUGAAUUUGCUCCUCUUUCUCCAGUUCAUACAAAUUCAUUAAAUGAUGUAAAAUCAAUGAAUGUGAAAUCUGAGUUUACAAACUUUCAUCUACCAUCGGCUUAUGCUGAAGAUAACAGAAAUGUCAGUGCCCUUACUUCAAGAGAUAUUUCUUUGGCUGACCAAAGAAAUGAGAAAUUCUUAAGUGGAGUAACUACCGCAUCAUUAGAUGCAAUUAGAGAGAGAAUGAAGAGCAUGCAGUUGGCUGCUGGUGGAAAUCUGGAUUCUGGAAAUAGGCCAUUACCAAGUGUGAAUGAUAACUUGAACAAUGGACUCUAUAGUCAAGUUUCCCGUGCAUCAGAAUCUGUCAGUAUGGAAAAUCCUGCGCAGGGAGGCGUUCUUCCUAUGGAUGAGAAAGCAUUAUCUGGCCUUCAAGCUCGGAUGGAGAGACUAAAAAGUGGUUCUAUUGAUCAUCUGUAGAUUACAAUUCGAGUUAGUGGGGAUAUAUUUGGCAUCUUUGCUUAUGAACACCAUCUCCUGCGAUGCUGUUUUGUAAAUGGAGGGGAGUUCAUAUCGCGACCAAAUCAAGGUUACUCAGUAUAGUUAUCAUUUAACGCCUUCAUUCUACACCGGAAAUGCUCAUUCCUCCCCAAAAUAUGAUACUUCUUUUUAAAAUCUUAGAAAAUUGCACUCUGGCAUUGUGCUGAAUGAUGUGUACUAGGUUGGUUACAGGCUUUUGUAUAUUGUAGGCUGUUUCUGAGCAAAUGUGCAAUUCCUUUAAUUUAAUGCAAUUUUAUACAGUUGUCAGUAAAUUUGUUGUAUACAAAUGGAUUAAUGCAUUAACAUAUUAAUGCCCUCUUUAAAUCUUCAAAUACAAUCCAAUUUUGCA